GUCGCUCAACCACCCUCACAUCAUGAAAAUGCACGAAGUCUACUUCGAGCAGGCGUCGGAAAGUGGCCAAGUGGCAAGCGGUAACAUUUACUUGGUGACGGAGCUGUGUGAGGGAGGAGAUCUCUUCUCACGAAUUCUCCAUCACUACGAGAGGUUGAAGCAGCCCAUGACAGAGAGCCACGUGGCGUUCAUGAUGCAGCAGAUCCUCUCAGCGACGAAAUAUUGUCACGACAAGGGUAUCAUCCAUCGCGACAUCAAGCCGGAGAACAUCCUCUUCGUCGAUCG